UUAGAACACAGGAAGUAUUGCAUAGACACAUGUCUCAAGAAGCUCCAGCAGCAGCUCCGUCAGACUCGAGAUAAAAGAUGCCCUGGCGACAGCACGUCUGCCUGCUCACCUGCGUGGUGGCUGUUGCUUCAACCAUUCCUGCCUGUUUGGCUUUUAACAUCGACACAACAAAUCCUGAUAAUCAUGACGGGGAACCAGCAGAUUUCUUUGGAUACAAAGUGCGGCAGUACUUGAACAAGUCCAGUAAUGACAAAGGGAUAGUCAUCACUGCACCUCUCAGGCUAAAUGGAUCUGGAGGAAUUUACAAACCUGACCAAGAGAAGUGGUUCAGCCCUACUGAGGACUUUGAGACAAACACAACAGCAAUCAAACACCUUGGCUUGUCGAUCGCUGCAGACUCCUCAGGCUCCAGAUUCACUGCGUGCAGUCCAAGUUUUGUGCAUGAAUGCAAUGAGAACUCCUAUCUGAACAGUAUUUGUUAUGAGCUCUCAGAUCGACUCCAGGAAAUCUCCUCUUUCAAACCUGCGUUUCAAGAAUGCACCAAAAAGACAGUGGACCUCGUCUUUCUGUUUGAUGGAUCAGGGAGUAUGACCGAAGCAGAAUUCAAUAAAAAUAAAGACUUCAUUGUGGAGAUAAUGGACAGCCUAAAGAACACAUCAAUCAAGUUUGCAGCAGUUCAGUUCUCCAGAACAGUCAACAAAGUGUUUGACUUCAAUGACUAUGAAGCUGGAAGCGCGCUGGAAAAACUCAAGAAUGAAAAGCAUUUAAAAAGUCUCACCAACACACACAAAGCCCUCGAAUUUGUGAUGAAUGAAAUCUUGGAAAACCCAGCUGCAGGCGCCACUCCUGAUGCAACUAAAGUUCUGGUUCUUAUCACAGACGGAGAUCCCAGUGAUGUAGACAGAACUGGGAUCAUUAAAAAAUAUGAUGAUAAAAAUAUAAUUCGCCUUGUCAUUGGGAUCAAGGAUGCAAAGCUGGAUAAAUUUAGGGCCAUCGCUUCAGAGCCAAAAGACAAAAACGCCUUCAAAAUUGAGAACUACGAUGGACUCACAGGAGUCCUGGAGAAUUUUCAGAAAAAGAUCUUUGUCAUGGAAGGCUCCAAAGUGGCUCGGGCAGGAGACAUGACUGAUGAAAUGUCUCAGAGUGGAUUCAGUGCUGUUUUCAACAAGGAUACACUGAUUCUGGGUUCAGUGGGAUCAAACAGCUGGCGUGGUUCUCUCCGAGAACGUCGGGGACAAACUGAAACACAAAUUGAAGAUAAAGAAAUGCAGAUGGACUCCUACAUGGGAUAUUCUGUUUCUGUUGGAGAGAGGAAUAAUUUUUCAUUGUAUUUCACGGGUGCACCAAGGUUUGAGCACACAGGGCAGGUUGUACUUUUCAAACACAACGGGAAGAACUGGACCCCAGCACAAAGAAUAAAUGGAGACCAGAUCGGUUCCUACUUUGGUGCGGAGCUGUGCGCGGUAGAUGUUAACUCAGACGGAGACACAGAUUUCCUGCUGGUGGGAGCUCCAAUGUUUUACCAGUCUCAAGAGAGAAAGGAAGGCCAGAUCUACAUCUACACUCUGACUGAUGAGCUGCAACUGCAUAGUGUACUGAAUGUGAUGGCACCAUCCAUGGGCAGAUUUGGCACCACCAUAUCCAGCCUUGCAGACCUAAAUGGAGAUGGACUCCGAGACGUUGCUGUCGGAGCCCCCCUUGAGGAUGGCAACAGCGGGGCUGUGUAUAUCUACCUUGGAGACAGAACGAGAGGGAUACGCAGCACCUUCAGCCAGAGAAUCACAGGAAAGAAAACAGCACCUGGGAGAAGCUUCUUUGGACAGGCCGUCGAUGGAGCCAUUGAUCUCGGACAGGAUGGACUCCCAGAUAUUGUGAUCGGAUCACAGGGCACUGCUGUUAUCUUAAGGACCAAGCCCGUCUUUAACGUGAUGGCUCAUCUAUCUUUCCAACCUAAGGAGAUAAGCACUGAGCAGCUCAACUGUGUGGGUCCAGAUGUUAAUUUACAGGUUGUUAAUUUACAUAUGGUUGACUUAACAGCCUGCUUUGAAAUGGUAGAAGCAACAAAGAGAAAUCGAGGGGCUACGAGCUCUGGACUGAAUAUCACAAACACGCUCACCGUGGAUCCAAUGAGACAAGUAUAUCGAGGGUUUUUCAGUCGAACUGAUACGAAAGCCAGAAGUUUUACUUCUACCUAUAAGCUGACAGAAAGAAGAACUUGCUUUAACUUCUCCAUCUACAUGCCCAAAUAUGUGACAGACACAUUGUCACCCAUCAGCAUCAAAUUAAACUUUUCCCAAGCUGACAGUGAGACUGCAGACGCCAUCCUGAACGUGGACAGUAGAAGGCAGUCUGCUGUUGAGGUUCCCUUUGAAAAGCAGUGUAGAAAAAACGACACUUGUAUCGCUGAACUGGAGGUUGAUUUUGACUUCAUGACUCAAACAUUAUUGGUGACAAAAGAUAACUACUUCAAUGUGUCUAUAAAACUGAACAAUCACGGUGAUGACUCGUACAACACCAGCCUUACGAUGCACUAUCCUCCGGGCCUCUCCUUCUCCAGGAUGACUGCCUUGACGACACUCCACAACUGCAAGGAUCUAAAAGGAGUACACAACAAAACUAUAUGCAGCGUGAGCCUUCCUGUGUAUCGCAGCAGAUCCUCUGCAACAUUUAAAUCUUAUUUCCGCGUCAUGCACAGUUAUGAUUGGAACGACACGAUGUUCAUGACGAUUGCUGCAGAAAGUGAUAAUCAAGACCCCAACAGGACCAGUACCCUGACCAAAAGUAUCUCAGUGCAAUUUGAAGUCAAAAUGCUAUUAACAGUGAAGUCAGACAGCACUACCUAUCUGAACUUCACAUCAGAGGAGCCUGCACCUAAAGAAGUGACUAUUACAUACAGGAUCUAUAACACUGGUUUUAAGGAUUUCCCCGUCAAUGUCACCCUGUUCUUCCCAACCAAACUGGAGCAUAACUUUGAAAUGAAAAGCUAUGAAGUCGUUAUGAAGCAGAACAAAACAAAGUGCACAGCCAGUACUGACCAGAAAUCCAAGGACUGCCCGCUAGAAAAUAAGUGUGUUGCAAUGGUCUGCAAUACUUUUGAUUUGGAGAAACAUUCAGCUGCAGAGUUUACGCUGUCAGGAAAAGUACAUUUUAGAGACCUCGAUCAAAAGGCAGCCAACCUUCCUUUUCUGAAGAAAUACAAAGGAGACAGUGGAAAGGUUACAUUUAUGAGUGCUAUAAAGGUUCAAUAUGACAAGGAUCGGUAUGUGCUGGAAUCUCAUACACAAAAGAAUAAAGGUGGUUCUACAGAAUCCCAAUUUCCAAUGAGAAAGACUGAAGUUCGGGUUGAUUUCAUUAUCCUCCCUAAUAAGCUGCUGAUCAUUUCAACUGGAGUUGGUGUGGGACUCUUGCUUCUGAUUAUAAUCACAGUCAUCCUGUUUAAGCUCGGCUGCUUCAAGAGGAAAAAGUUUGGAGAGGAGGAAGAAGAAAAUCUCCAGGAUAGCAGCGCUGAGAUACCAUUCCCUGCUCUCACUAAAUCUGACCAAACUUCAGAGGAUAAUCAGAACCAGGAAGAAGCAUCCCAUCUCCUCUCCUCUACCCCCACUAACGGGCAGAUUGGGCAGUCAGAGACUGAUAACAAAUCUGAUCAACCUUGUGAGGAAAAUGCUUCAGAAUGAUGGUGCAGCUGAAAAUGAAAUUAGUGUUACUAUUAAUGCACAAAGUGAAGGAAUAGCAUGAAAGUUUGGAAAAUACACUGGUUAGUCUGUUCUAAUCUGUAUUAAUCCAAGCUGUCACCAAGCAAAGACAGGAAAGAGUGAGAAAAAAAAGACCAAAACUUUCAACCUGUUUCUGUCCAAAAGUAACACAAGCUUCUAAGCUGGGCUAUAUAAUUAGCAUGCAAUCUCUCCUUUUUAGUAUCUUUUUAACUAAAUUGGUUAGCUUUGGUUUAAACUGUGUCUCUGACCAUUAUUUGUUUUUGCUUGUGAGCCAGACAAUAACAAACUUGGUUUAGGGGCAUGAUAUCCCAGGUCUGAAUCCCAGAUGAGCCCCCAUAUACCACAAUAAAUACCAGGAGAGGCACAGUUUAAACAGGAACAUACCAAAUUUUUUUUUUUACCAAUAUAUUUUUUAUUAGGAUUUUUCACUUUGCAAAUACAAGCACGUAAUUGUCUGAACGGGUUCUCUUUGUAGUUAUUACAUGGUAGUCAUUAGUUUUACUCAACUUAGAGAAAUGAAAAUAAAGAAGUA